AUGGUUACUCCAGAAGGACAAGUAUCAGCGCGGAGGUUUUGUGCUUGUCUACCUGACACUGUCGCAGUGCGACGGAAGGAAAGAUCUGAGGAUCAGGCAGUGAUCAGACUGGAUUCUGGAAAAGAGAUGAGGGCCUGGUUGCCGCAGGAUGUACUAGAGUGCACUAGUGAUGGCUCUAUGAACCUUGGCAAUGACCGACUGCGCGCUAGACGCUCAACUGUCUCGGCAGAGAAUUUUGAGGAGAGGCGGCCGGCGGCGACAACUGCUUUGAUGAUGGUUGCAUUAUUGAAUGUUGUCGUCAACUUCGAGCAGGCAGCGAGGUUACACUUGCCCCCACAAUUGCAACCGUUGGUCCAGCUCCCGUACACCGCUACUAGACCACCGAAAACCUAUGGAAGUAGGCGUCGAAGCAAAUAUAGAGGGGCGGUGUCCAAUCUAGUCAGCCAAGUUAGCAGCCCGCCUCGGGAUUCAACUGCACAGUGUAUCCGUCCAUCUAUCAUGCGAACCCAGUAUCUGCGUACAUGUUCAAGUAGGUUUAAGUGUGAGGCGUUGGCUGCAUGCAGCGGAAAUUGGAACUCGUGCGUAGGCGCUGAACGUGUCAACUCGAGCUGUAUUGCGCAAAUGAUGGUUGCGACAGAUAUAGAGUCGAGUACUAUAGAUCAGUUCAAACUGCUUAGCAGCGAAACCCAAGCCAGAAGUGUCCAGCGGAACGUGGCGAAGCAGACCACGUCCUUAGAACCUGCUGCAGGCACUCGAAUGAUACUACUGAGCCUAUACACCCAGUGGAAGAAAAAUUUCCGAGGCACGACUCCAACCGCAUUCGGUGACCGGCUAGCUGCUCACGGCGAGAAUGACCCACCGGGAGGGUAA